UAGCGAGUGCUGAAACUAACUGUCCUCUGUCAUGAACACUGAACUUCACAUAAUACAUUUUCAUCAACGACUUGUUCCCACCCUUUCUGUACCACCCAAGGAAACUCGAAAGAAAAGGAUCCGGCUCUGGUCAAGUUCUGCGUGCAGCAGGGGAGCAGAAAAUGGCUGCACAUAAAAACGGGAGUUUGAUACAUAUAAUAAAUAGAGCCAGUGUAUACUUCAAAAACGGCAGCUACCGAAAGAGAAUUUUAUUGACCUCUCUGAAACCUGUUCAGUGUCAGAGGCGAACAGUCUCCAGCAUCGGCGAUAGGAACACGAACUUGACACCGCACUUGAGCUCAAAUCUCGCUGGAUGGUCAUACAAGGAGUUAUACGAAUUGUCUGUGAAAGAUCCGGAAACAUUUUGGGGAUCAAUUGCUAAAGAGAGGCUUACAUGGAAUAAGCCAUUCGAUCAAGUGAGGGACUGCGAAAUUACUAGUGGGAAAAUCAAUUGGUUUCUUGGGGGACAGUUGAACGUUUCUGUGAAUUGUUUGGAUGUGCAUGUUGCCAAGCAUCCUGACAGAGUCGCCCUGGUCUGGGAGAGGGAUGAACCUGGGACGGAGGUAAAGAUCACCUAUAGGGAGCUACUUGAGACUACCUGCCGCCUAGCCAACACCCUGAAGAGGCAUGGGGUCAACAAAGGUGACCGGGUGGCCAUUUAUAUGCCAGUGUCGCCCAUCGCCGUGGCUGCCAUGCUUGCGUGCGCUCGUAUCGGUGCUGUGCACACGGUGGUGUUUGCUGGGUUCAGCUCAGAGGCCCUGGCUGGGAGGAUUCAAGAUGCCCAGUGUAAAGCUGUAAUCACGUGUAACCAAGGUGUGAGGGGAGGCCGGUUCAUAGACCUGAAACCUACAGUAGAUGCUGCAGUGAAGAACUGCCCCACUGUCCAACAUGUGUUUGUGGCCCAGAGGACCACUAACCCAACUCCCAUGGGCAAACUAGACAUCCCAUUGGAGGAGGCGAUGGCCAGUGAGUCUGCACAGUGUGRUCCAGAACCUAUGGGCAGUGAGGAGAUGCUUUUUAUGCUCCACACGUCAGGCAGUACAGGCAAGCCCAAGGGCAUUGUCCACACACAGGCUGGCUAUCUGCUCUAUGCUGCACUGACUCACCAGUAUGUCUUCGACUACCAUCCGGGCGAUGUGUUUGGCUGUGUGGCAGACAUUGGCUGGGUGACUGGUCAUAGCUAUGUGGUGUAUGGUCCUCUGUGUAAUGGUGCCACCACUGUCCUCUUUGAGAGCACUCCUGUGUACCCAGACCCCGGGCGAUACUGGGAAACAGUGCAGCGACUGGGCAUUAACCAGUUCUACGGUGCUCCCACUGCCAUCAGGCUGCUGCUGAAAUAUGAGGAGAGCUGGGUAAAAAAGUACGACAGGUCCUCCCUCAAGACCCUUGGCUCUGUGGGGGAGCCUAUCAAUCACGAGGCAUGGGAGUGGUUCUACAACGUGGUGGGAGAUGGAAGAUGCCCCCUAGUGGAUACAUGGUGGCAGACAGAGACGGGAGGUGUGUGUAUUGCUCCAAGGCCAGCUGAAGAGGGUGCUGAAAUUGUUCCGGCCAUGGCCAUGAGGCCCUUCUUUGGCAUUCAGCCUGUUCUCAUGGAGGAGAAGGGUAAGCCUAUAUCAGGAAAUGAUGUCAGUGGAGCCCUUUGUAUUGGCCAACCAUGGCCUGGAAUGGCACGGACCAUCUUUGGGGACCACAAGAGAUUUGUGGAUGCAUACUUCAAACCAUAUCCUGGUCUUUACUUCACUGGGGAUGGAGCAUAUCGGUCUAAAGAAGGCUACUAUCAGAUAACUGGGCGUAUGGAUGAUGUUAUCAACAUUAGUGGCCACCGAUUGGGUACUGCUGAAAUUGAGGAUGCCCUGGAUGAACACCCAGCAGUUCCUGAGACUGCGGUGAUUGGUAUUUCCCAUGAUAUCAAAGGAGAGGUUCCCUUUGCCUUUGUGGUUUUGAAAGAAGACCCUUCCCUGAACCACACAGCAGUCGUUAAAGAGCUGAGAGGCCUGGUGGCCACUAAGAUAGCAAAAUAUGCCGUCCCUGACCACUUUCUGGUAGUGAAGAGACUUCCCAAGACACGCUCUGGYAAGAUCAUGAGGAGAAUCCUGCGGAAGGUGGCUAUGGAGCAGACAGGAGACCUGGGCGAUGUGUCCACUCUGGAUGACCCAUCUGUUGUCUCAGAGAUCAUCAAGGCCUAUGCUCAGUACAAGAGCCUGACACCUCAGAAUAAAUAAUGAAGUAGGCUUUAUCACUGCUAAGACGUUGUGUUGGCAACUUGGCACUGGUCACUUGAGUAACAGCUCACUUCACUCACUCCAUUCUGAAUUUUAUACUGUGCUGAAGCUGAGUUAGUUUUAUGACCACAGUCCUUCAGUUGUUCACUAUGUAUGGCUCAUUUAUAUAAGACACAAGACACUCAAGAUACACAGUACACCCCUUUCUUUCCCUUAAGAAUCAUUAUCAUAAGGUUCUCUCUCAUGAGAGAUGAAGAUUAUCAAACGCACAGUAUUUUUUAACUUUGUUUUUUUUAAAGAUCCACACCGAUUGGCACGGGUGUUUUUCUGUUGCUCAUUAGAAAAACAAGAUUUCAGUCUGGGAUGUAUGUUUCCUGACCGUUGUUCAACCCAUGUUAGUAGGCCAAAAAUCAAAACAGAACUUUCAUUUAUUUACCUGUUGUGAUGCACGGAUGUUCCAAACUCUGUUUUAGAAGAGACUGACUUUAUGAACAAAAUUAUCAGAUUUACACUUGGUAGUCAAUUUUGACGCUAGAAUAACUGUUUCUUACUCAUAUAGAUGCCACAUAUGCAGUUUUCAAAGGGAUUCUUGCUUUUUAAAGGCAGUUCUCUUUAAAGCUGCAAUAUGCAAGUCUAAGAAGUGGUAGAUCUGUUCUUUGUGCGCUAUUUCUAUGCUUCCCCUUCUUAAAUUUCGUUUUUGGGUCUUAACUCUCAGUUUUGUACACCAGCUUCAAACAGCUGAAAAUACAAUAUAUUUUUUAUGAAAAAUAUAUUURACAGGGGUUUGAUGGUAAAAUUACUCUACACUAUACCUGCUUGUUUUGUCACAUCAACUGAAAUUAGGCGAACAAUUAGAAUUUUAGCAACCAGGAAAUGGCGAAGCGAUUUCUGCAUAGUACAUCAUUUAAAUAUUUAGAAAAGGUGCUGUAAUGAAUUAUGAAUAAUUCAUCCAGAAUAAUGGUGUUUUAUAUAUGUUAUCUUUAUAAAGGUCCCAUUUAACCAAAUGUUAAAUUGCUCAAGGACGUGUUCACUUGAUUGAAACAUUUACUUGAUAAUUAACUUUUUUUCCAGAUUCAUUCUUUAUAAUAUCAAUGCCAUCUUGAAAUUAUAACAGAAUUAAUUGACUUUACGUUGUAAAUUCUUACAAAAAAUAAAGCAACUAACAAAAAUGA